CCGCACAUUUUCUGCUUCACUUUUGCAUCUCUGCUCAAUUGUAAAUAAACAAAGAGGAGAAAAAACUGAAAAUUCUCAUUCGGUCGCAGCUCAACUGUUUCACUGAGAAUUUAUUAAUUUAAUUAUAAAGGCGUAAAAUCAAGAAAUAAAAGUUAUUAUAAGAAAACUUUCUGAAGAGUAAGAAUUGGUUGUAAAGAAAAAACUAAACAGCGACAUCUCUUGGACAAAACAAAAGACUUUGUUUACAUUUAUUAUGAAAUUGGAGGAAGUUUAAUUUCUAUUUUUAAGUUUUAUGAUUUAUUAGAUAAGUUGAAGAAUCAUCAACAUUAUAAUCGAAUCCAAACAAGAAUUUACCGCAAAGAUUAACUUUAAAAUUCAAAUUAUUCCAAACAACAACAAACAAAAAUUUCUCAGUGAAGCAAAAAGCUUGAUCAUCCUAGAAUUUAUUACUUUAUCCAAUGAAAAACACAUAAAUAGCGAUUAUUAAAUAGAUUGAGACGAAACCGGAAGCAAAUAAGGCAUCAUCUGAUAGAACUAAAUUCAGUUAAUCCUUAAAACAAUUGGAUAUAAUCAGCUUAAAUCCACCAAACUCCUUCCAUAAAUCCAUCAAAUAUGUCUCGCAGAUCCCAAAAAACAGAUGAAAUAAUUACAGAAAUCAAAGAAGAAAAGGAAGAAAUUGAAGACAAAUCAGUCAUCAUCCAGACAAUCCAAAGCAACAUCUUUCCAGUCACAAUAAAACAAGAGAACGAAGAAAACUUUGAAUUAGAAAUUCCAUACGACGAUGAUGACGAUGAUUAUGGAGAAAUUGAGGUGCUUGAUGAGUUUGUCGAAGAAGUCAAGAAAAUGUCACCAAUAAAAAUUAAGACAGAAAUCAAAACUGAGCUUGUAGUUAAGGAAGAGCCAGAUGAUCCAAGUAUUAGCAUCAAAAGUCCAUACAAAGGACUUAUCCCAGCAACCAAAAUUAAAAUAGAAGAGCCAAAAAUCAAGGAAGAACCUGAAGAUGACUUAGUCACAGAAAUACAGCCUAAAAAGAUGAACCUUAGAGGUGUCAGAAUAAAUUUAAGCAAAAUUCUUGGCACAAGAGUCAGUAAAUCCAAACCAAAUCCAAAUAUUAAGCAUGACACAGCAUCAAUUGAAGUUCCGAACUGCUUUAAUGCUUCAGAACGUCCAUUUAAAUGCAAAAAAUGUCCAUUAUCAUUCAAGCAACGACGUGACUUGACAACUCAUCGAGCAAUUCAUAAAAAAGCUGACUUUUGGUGCAGAAAAUGUGGACAAAAGUUCCGAUUUCAAGCUAGUUAUCUCAGUCAUGACUGCGAUUUCUGGUGCAACAUUUGCGGCAAAAGUAUAUCAAAUAAAGCUAAUUUGAAGAUUCAUUUAAGUUAUGUCCAUGGAAUUGGGCAAGCAAAAUUAUUCACAUGUGACUUGUGUGGCACAACUUAUAAGAGUAAACGUAACAUUGACACACAUAUGAAGAACCACAUGGAAUCGACACCAUUUACGUGUGCUAUCUGCAGUAAAGGAUUCUCUCAUGCUGGUGCACUUAAAAUACACAUGUGGAACCAUCGUGACCUUGUAAAUUGUGAGUUCUGUAAGAAAAAGUUCAAGCCUCGAUCACUUUAUUAUCAUAUUAAGCGGUGUCGCAUGAUGCAUGAUGAAAAUCAUGUUGAUAUGUACAUUGAGGAGCCAGAAGUUUUUAAACUUGAAAAUAUCAAGUAUAAAGUUGUGGAACCGCAACCUGUUUAUAUUAUUAAGAAUAUUAAGGUUGAUGAUGAAAAUAUGAAAAAGAAAAAAAAUUGAAAUGUUUUUUAAUAAAUUUGUUGAAAUAA